AUUAUUACCUGUGGUACCAAUGUCGGUCAAAGAAGAUAAUCCUUUUCUUCCGGAUGUGGAGAUUGCUGAUGAAACAGUAUCAGUCUCUGUGAUUGGUGACAGCUUUAAUAACUCUAGUCACCCAAUCGCGUGUUUCUUCCAUUGUUCGUUCAAGGCAUGUGCUAUUCUGUUUUAUCUGUUCGGAGGCUUGUUCUUGAGCGACUAUAUGGUCCAGUUGGUGAUAGUCUUGCUGAUGCACACGAUGGACUUUUAUGUUGUGAAGAAUUUCAGUGGGCGCUAUCUGGUGGGUCUUCGUUGGUGGUCCGUGAUCUCCCCUGAUGGUCUUUCCAAUACCUUCCGUUUCGAGAAAACAAAUCAUCCCGAAAAAGUGACGAAGGCAGAUAGUCGUAUUUUCUGGUCUUUCCAAGUGUUGAAUACAGCUAUUUGGCUGCUCUUCGUGAUUUUCUGCAUCUUCGGGCUGCGAUUAAUUUGGUUGUUCGUAACUCUGGUCGGUUGCUCACUCUCUGCAUACAAUCUGUACGCGUACAUUCAAGCAGCAAAGAAUUCUAAUACCGCCAUGUCGAUGUUCACAUUUAUCCCGAAGGCAGUUACGCAGAAGGCAGUCGAAGCGGUCGGUUCUGCAGCGAUGUCGGUCGCCAAGUCCACCUUUAUGAACAGACAGAAAUGAGUUGUUUGUUGAAUGAACUAUAUUGUCCCCUACUUGUUGGGAAAGAAAAUGGGGCGAAAUGCACAGUUUAAAGGCUAACUUGUCAAAGGGCUGAUUUAGCCAAUUGACAGGUUUUAAUCACGCGUAAUGCUUUGAUUCCUGUUGUACUCGUUUGUAGUGUAUAUAUUGUAAUAUGCAUAAAAAUAAAAGCCCGUAAUGAAAAUGCCACGAAAUAAGAAAUUGUGUUCGAGUAAUUUGAUUGGUCCACAGAACCUUCUGUCAAUCACUCAAUUUGACAAAACAUAAAUUAUUUGAUAAGAGCAAUGGAUCUCAGCCAGCAAGGAGGGCCCUUGGAUUUUAUUUUUCAAAAGAAGUACACCACUAGAGGUGACAUUGACAGCCUCGUACUCCCUCAAUGGCUUAACGAGUAUUAUACCGUCAUGGAGGAAUUUGAAGGCAUGUGUGCAUGCGAUGCUGAAUUCGAAGCGUUGAUCCAGCCCAGUUUUUCCGCAUUUUGUAACACAAUAAAGAACUAUUGCUUCGAUUUUAGCUUUGGCUGUCAAUGUACUGGGUUAUUUGCAUCGGAAGAAGACAUUAACAACGUGAUGGAAAUCAUCUGGCUGGAGGCUGUAGUUGGAACUUGCAUCAAGUUUAUGGAAGAUAUUGUGGAAUUUGCUAGGGUGUGGAAAACUCAAGUGCAAGUUACUACCCAAACCAAGAAGAAUACCACCGCAAAGAAAGCGGAGACGAAAACAAGACCGAACAUCCCACGAAAAGCAAGGGACAUUUUGGAAGCAUGGUUUAAAGAGAAUGUAGAUAGUCCUUACCCCAAGCUGCAUGACAAGGAACGCUUGUGCACGCAGACAGGACUUUCGAUGAAAAAGAUUGACAACUGGUUCAUUAAUGAACGAAGUAGAAAAUGGCAUUUGUACAAAAGAAACUGUUUACAUUAGUUUGAGCCU